UUUGAAAACGUUGAAAGUUGGUUGCCACAUUCAACCCGCAGAGCCACCACCAAACGGCCAAACCAAAGAAAGUCCCUGCGCGCGGUCCCGUCUUACAAAGCCAAAACACACACACAAACACACGCGCGCCUCAUACACUCUCAAACUGCAUGAUCGUUCCCGCAUUGUUACCUCGUCUUCAAUUCCCUUUUAUCUAGGGCUUUUGGUCCCCCGUGUGCGUGUAGAUCUUGCUAUCGGACCCCUGGAUCGGUCACCAUGUGGCGCUCUUUCUGGCGGUCCAUCGACCGUUUUUCUCUACAGCACUUCAAAUAUGUAAUCAAUGAACUGCGGGCGAUCAAAGUUGUGGAUCUGCGUAACAGGGAGUUGGUCAUAGAUCUACUGCAGUCUAUAGUGGAGAUAGUUACCUAUGGUGAUAGACAGGAUCCUAUGAUAUUUGAAUGUUUCAUGGAAUACCAAGUUUUAGCGGAAUUUGUUCGCUUGCUAAAGAUCAGCAAGAAUUCGAGGAUUGAGGCACCGUUGCUACAGUAUCUAAGCAUAAUGAUUCAAAAUAUGGAUAGCGAACAUGCAAUUUAUUAUUGUUUUAGCAAUGAUUAUGUUAACAACAUAAUAGCACAUAAGUACAAAUUUGAUGGUGGAGAUCUGGCUCCAUAUUAUGUAUCAUUUUUAAGGGCAGUGAGCAGCAAGAUAAACAAAGACACACUUUGCCUUCUUGUGAAGGUUCAAGAGGAUGCUGUAGUUUCAUUUCCCCUGUAUAGCGAGGCUCUUAAAUUUGCUCAUUACGAGGAAAAGAUGAUUCAGACAGCUGUACGUGCGUUAACCCUCAACAUAUACAAUGUGAGCGAUGAUAUUGUCUUUCAAUUUAUAACUACUCCUCCAGUCUCAAAGUACUUCUCAGAUGUGGUUUGUAGAUUAAGAAAGCAGUGCUUGCAUCUAGACACCUUUCUCCAAGCUAAAGAGGAAAUGUGCACUCAUGGAAGGAGAAAUGAGCUAAUUCUAGAAACUGAUAAAAUUGUAGAUGAUCUUUACUACUUUAAAGACAUACUCAGUGUCAGCGAGAAUCGUUUGGGUAGAUUUAUCACCCAAAAUCUUUUCAGCUUACUUGUCUUUCCAAUAUUGCUUCCGUUACUGCAGUUAAGGCAGCAGAUUGACGGCUUGAAUAUAUCAGAGGUCACUUCUUUGUAUAUCAUUUCUCGUCUUAUCCAAGUUAUAGGUGGAAAAAGAGUGAUAAAUGCCGUGGCUGGUGUCAUUUUAUAUCCUUAUAUGACCUCAAGUGUAGGAGGUGCUACUGAAGGGGACACAGUUGAUGUGAAUGGUAAUUCUUUUCUUAAUCAUCUGAAUGAUGUGGAUAAAUUGGUAUGUUCUCAUCCAGAUACAGAGGGAUCAGAAAAUACUAGCAACUAUAUGUUUGGGCAUUUGGCAGAGCAUGUGCCAUCUGAUUCUCAAUUCAUUGGUGGUGCUCGGAAUGAUCUCUGUAUAGAAAGGGGUGGAAUAUUUAAAUAUGUUUUUGCGGACAAUAGUCCCAGUCUGCUGCUAGCAUCUCUAUUUUUAUUACUUAUCUUAGCAGAAAGUAAAGAUCUUGAUCAUUUCCUAUUUCCAAUGAUUGGCAGAAUACAGGAUAUGACUACGCAGGCUCGUGAGUUAUCAGCUUCACAGAGAGUGGAUGAAAGUAUCUUUGUGAAAUUCAUGCCCCAGAUUUUAAAUGCAUUGUUGAAGAUUUUAGCAAGCCAACCACCGUUGUCUGUACUAAUACAAUGGCACACAGGGUGGUUCUUCCGGAAGCUACUGAUUUCUCAAGGGAACAUCCUCAGUGAUCUUAAUUUCCAACUAUUCAAUACUUCAUAUGAGCAGUCUCGUGAACGCCUUCGGAAAGAACUUGAUGGAUGCUGGUUUGAUCGUAUUCCGGAUACGUUCCAAAGUGAAUGGUCAAACUGUAGAACUGCUCUUGAGGAAUCAUCCCAAUGUAAAGAUCCCUUCUUUGCAUUAGAGCUUGCUGUUUGCCGAGAAAAGACUGACGGGGAUGCUGCUACUCUUUCUGCUUUGCAAAGGAUGGUAGAAGCUGUGAAGGUAUUCAUUCUCCAUCUUCAGCUCAAGGCUUUUAUUUUCAAAGGAGAUUUGCCUGAAAAACCCACACUGAAUACAACAACUGGUCCAACUGCUGAUUCUGGAAGAAGUCACACUUCCGAUAUUUCAUCUGCAAGCUUUGGUUCCGAUGUUUCUCUAGGAUCUGGAAUCCCUUGCAGUAUAGCAUUUUCCAAUGCAGGAAUCAGGGAUGUAUACCUGGUACCAGCAGCAAGGGGAAUAACUGGAAAAUUGCUUCUCACAGAGAAACAUCCCUUCCGUAGUCAAAGAGGAGUUGUCAUUGCUAUUGCUCCAUUGGCUGGUUUGAGUCCAAAGAUAGACAAGGACCAUCCCUCAUGGUUGCAUCUCCAGAUAAGAGAGUUCGACCCAAGAUUUGAUGCAAGUAAGGCCAGAGGCAACCACUUGAAGAUGUCCAAUCAUGUUGCAGAUGGGAGAUGGACCCUUGGUUUCCCAAACGCAAAAGCUUGUGAUAUGGCACGGCUGUUGAUACUUGAGGAAACUGGUAAACAGAGAUCCUUUGUUGAAAGCAUGCUUGCUCCACUUCUCCAGGAUGAUUUUCUUGGAAAUUUAUCAGAUAAUCAAGAUGAGUGAAGCUCUAAUGCGAGAUAUUUGAGGUUAGACAUACUAAUUUUGUUUUUGUUUUUGAAUUGUUGUAUUUUUAGUGUAUUAGAGCAUAGUCAGGGUGGAUUUCACAAUAGUGGUGUUCAUAAUUAAUAGAUCAUAAAAUGCACUGGUGGUGCAAUAGGGACAUUUCAUUAUUUAGUAUCUCAUUUUGAAGCACGCGGCAGUCAAUGCCAGUUUUGUAUAUAUGUACUUAUUUUGGAAACGUAUGCAACUAUUUUCCCAGCAAAAAGAUAAAAGAAUGUGUAAAUAAUCCUUUCCUUUUUGAGGGAGGCUAAAA